AUGGCCGGAAUCAGGUUUCCUACAGAGGACUCCGACGUCUCACAGGCCGCGCGGCAGGUGGCCGCCGUCGAUCUGAUCUCCGACGAUGACCGCUCCGUCGCUGCAGACUCUUGGUCCAUCAAGAGUGACUAUGGCAGCACACUUGACGACGAUCAGCGUCAGGCUGACGCCGCUGAGGCCCUCUCCGCCUCGGCUAACCCUGCCCCCUCAGACUACAGUUCUGACAAAGAGGAACAGGAUUCCGAGGCUGCUUCAUCAAUGCUGGGUUUUCAGAGUUAUUGGGAUGCUGCAUAUGCAGAUGAAUUGGCAAAUUUCCGAGAACAUGGCCAUGCCGGUGAAGUUUGGUUUGGUGCUGAUGUGAUGGAAACUGUUGCCAUCUGGACCAAAAAAUUAUGUCUUGAAGUUUCGCACCAUCACUUUCCAAACAAUUCAGUUAAUACCAAUUGUUUGGCUUCUGGGCAGCCUGAAAAAGAUUUGUCCUCAUGGAGUGUUCUGGAUAUUGGGACUGGUAAUGGGUUGCUUCUUCAGGAGCUCAGUAAGCAGGGGUUCUCUGAUCUCACAGGAACUGAUUACAGUGAAGGAGCAGUCGACUUAGCUCGAAACCUUGCUGAGCGUGAUGGAUUAUCUAGUAUUAAAUUCCUUGUUGAUGAUAUUCUCGAGACAAGACUCGACCGCAAGUUUCAGCUUGUCACUGAUAAGGGGACACUGGAUGCAAUUGGAUUGCAUCCUGAUGGUCCUCUCAAAAGGAUAAUGUAUUGGGAUUCGGUGUCGGAGAUUGUUUCCCCCGGUGGAAUGUUGGUUAUUACAUCAUGUAAUAGCACUAAAGACGAGUUAAUACAGGAGAUGGAGGCUUUCAACCAAAGGAGGAUAGCUGCCUCUCAAGCCGGCGACAUUUCUCCGACCAAGUUGCAGUCGCUGCUUCCUCCACGCAGCUCUCUAUCAGGUUGGAAACGACCCAGUGGUGAGGCCCAGGUGCGUAGCCCGCCAUCCACAGCCCAAGAGGCCCAGCAACACGCGCGCGGGCUGCAUCCAGCCUGCGAAGCCCGCGCGCGUCACAGACUUUGGCCCGCGAGAAGCCCGCCCAGCCCGCGUCCUUCAGCUGCGCGUCCUAGCCCGCCUCCUCACAUUUUCGGCCCGCGAGGGCCCCAGGCCAGCCCGCGCUCGGCCCAGUCCUCCUGA